AUGGCUGCCUGCAAGAAUGUGAUUGUCGUUGCCCUCGGCAUCUCCAUCAACUGUAUCAAUGCUACUAUGGUCCACACAUUCACCAAACAGCAAAUCCUCAAUUUGAACCCUCGUUACAUUCUUUUCAUCCACCUGGUGAUCAACGACAUGAUCCAGUUGACUGUCAGCAUCUCCCUCUUCCUCUCCAGCUACAUUUUCUACACCAUCAGUGUCCCUGUCUGUAGCAUCUUGAUCAUGCUUGCUGUUUUCACCACACAAAACACGCCUCUGAACUUAGCUUUUAUGGCAGUGGAGUGUUACAUCGCUGUCUGCAUUCCCCUCCGUCAUGCCCACUUAUGUACAGUCAAGAGAACCCAUGUUGCGAUUGGUUUGAUCUGGACAAUGAGUGUGCUUUCCAUCCUACCAGAUCUUUUCAUCCUUAUAACCACUGAACCUCUGGAGUUUUUUCAUGCCAGGGUCUUCUGUGCCAGGGAUAUGGUGUUCAGGAGUACCUACAGCAUCACAAAGAGGAAUGCGUCACAUACAGCAUUUCUGGUGUUGGUUUGGCUCACUCUAUUCUAUACUUAUGUCAACAUUUUGUUUACAGCCAAAGCAGCUAAAGCAGAUGCUAAAAAGGCAAGAAACACUAUCCUCCUGCAUGCCUUUCAGCUGUUAUUGUGUAUGCUCAACUAUGUGCAACCUAUGCUAAUUCAAGCACUGAUGCACUUGGCCCCUGCAGCCAAAGUAUCCACAAAUUUUACAAGUUUUAUUGCAAAUCAAAUCAUCCCACGUUUUGUUAGUCCUAUUAUUUAUGGACUACGAGACAACACUUUCAGGACAUACUUCAAAAAGUAUUUUCUGUGUACAGUAACCAUCCGCACCCAUCCAAAGACUUCAGUAAAGAUGAAGUCUGAUAAUGUCUGA